AGUCCAAGUGCUGGAGCACGUUUGAGUGACCAUGGAGUGCGUUUGCUGUCAUGUAGUUCAGCGUUAAUACGGCGUGAAUAGCAGAAGAGGGGGGACUUUUUGUGUGGAUACGAGGAGUCACAGUCGAGCCAUGGCUGCACGGGAGGAAGGAGAGGUUUUGCACAGUAAAAUAAGGCACCACGACGGAGCUGGAAGUGUAAACAGCUCAGAGGGCUUCAGGAACGGCUAUGUGAAGAGCUGCGUCACCCCCCUUAAACAGGACCAUCAGAGGGGAUUUUUGUUCAACGUGUGCAGGUUUUGCAACGAAGACAUCCUCAAUUCAAAAUUGUUAAAGGUCUCUGCCCUCUACGUCGGCGCGUUUGUAAUUUUCGCGGUUUCUUUGCUCAUUUCCAGGAGCUUGCAAAGUGACUCGCUUUGGGAUUUGCGGACUUUUUUGUCGGGCUUCUCCCAGUCCAUCAGUCCUUUAUUCAGCAUAGGAUGUGCAUUCUUCUUUCUGACGUUUUACCUGAGGAGGAAAAAGAAGGAGAGCAGUAAAUGUUGGCUCUUGUCACUGCCAGCAUCGUGUUACCUCGGGGAUUUUUUGGUUUUGCGGUUUUUGCAAUGGGGAGAGGACCAACACCAGAUGCAAAUGGUGGGCAGGUUGUUAUUCGUGUUGGGGUGUGUGGGUCUGCUAACACUGAUCCCCACUCUGAAACUCAAACACAGUGUUCUCAUACUGGUUUUUGCCAGCGUUGUGUGGCUUGUCUCUUUCACAAGUUUGAGCGGUCUGCCCGCACUGCUCAGACCGCUCUUCGCCUGCUUUGCGGGGGUUUCGGGCUCCCUGUUGGGGCUCUGUUUUGACCGUUACUACCCGUCGAAGGAAGCGCCGAGUGGGAUUGCCAGCACGGAGGAAAAGGUCCCCGUGAUCAGACCCAGGAGAAGGUCCAGCUGUGUUUCUCUGGGGGAAACGUCGACCAGCUAUUAUGGCAGUUGUAAAAUGCCUCGCAGACCUUCGUUACCCUGUAUAUCAAGAGAGCAGAUGAUCUUAUGGGACUGGGAUCUGAAACACUGGUACAAGCCACAGUAUCAGGGUGCAGUUAGCGGCAAUGGUGUGGACCUUUCGGUCAUCAACGAGGCCCGGAACCUGGUGUCAGACCUGCUGAUGGACUCGUCUUUGUCACCCCACACCAUCUCAGCCCUGCGCAGCGUCUCCAGCCUCAUGGGGACGUUCUCAGGCUCGUGCCGCCCCAGGGUAAACCCUUUCACCCCUUUCCCGGGCUUCUACCCCUGUGAUGAGGUGGAGGACUCCGUAGAGCGGAGUGACAGGAAGCCCAUUAAGGGUUUGAGCAGCAGAAACAGCCUCCCCACCCCUCAGCCCAGGAGGAGUUCCACCUCUUCAUCCUCUGCACUCCCUCCUCUUGACUCCACUUCUUCACGGUGGGAACGCAACAAUGGCAAAAGACCCCACCCUGACCUCAACUUGACCAGCUCAGGUCUGUCCAAUGGGCCGAAUGCAAACCUGCUCACUAUUCCCAAGCAGAGGUCGUCCUCUGUUACUCUCACCUACCAUGCAGGGCCCAGGCGAGCAGGCACAUCUCCAAGCCUGAGCCCAGUCACCUCACCAAGCCACAGCCCUCCAGCAAUAGGUACAGGUUCCUCAUCGUCCCUGGUCACUCGAUCGCCUGUGGAGUUCCCAGACACGGCUGACUUCCUGACUAAGCCGAGCGUCAAUCUGAACCUGCACAAGCCUUUGGGUUACACCCUCAGUUCACCUGAUUUCCAGCAGGCCUUCCGAGGCUCCGCUUUCCCUCUUUGCACCAGCUGCGGUCGUCAGAUGCUUAAGGGAAUUUCCGGCAGUGAUACGGGGGAAGUUCAUCAGUCAUUUACCAGUGAGGCUCAACGCAGGCGCUCAGCUGCAGGUGAAGGGCUGGACUUCACAGGGGAGCCUCUAAUCAGGGAGGAGAGCGUGGAGGUGGACUUGUCUGGAGAGUCAGACGUUGCAGGGAACCAGGGCCAGGCAGAGGAGGAAAAGAAGAGCCCGAGGACAGACAAGCAGACUCAGGAAUUAGAGGGUGAGCAGGAGUUCAGACUAGAUCCUAUGCUGGAGGACCAUGAUGCUCUCAUGGAGAGGAUGAACACCUGGAACUUCCAGAUCUUUGACCUGGUAGACAAAACAGGAGGAAAGACGGGAAGAAUACUCAGCUAUGUGACAUACACCCUUUUCCAGGAUACGUGUCUGUUUGAAAUUUUCAAGAUCCCUGUGAGGGAGUUCAUGACAUACUUCUGUGCUCUGGAAAAUGGCUACAGGGACAUUCCCUAUCAUAACCGGGUCCAUGCUACUGAUGUGCUCCAUGCUGUCUGGUACCUGACCACUCGACCAAUCCCUGGGUUCCAGCAGAUCCACAGUGAGCAUGUGACAGGAAGUGACACAGAUUCAGACAGUGGGAUCUCUCCAGGCAGGAUAUCCUAUGCCUCCUCUAAGAGCUCCUCUAUUUCAGAUGACAGCUAUGGCUGCCUGGCCUGGAACAUUCCUGCCCUGGAGCUCAUGGCCCUUUAUGUAGCAGCUGCAAUGCACGACUAUGACCAUCCCGGUCGCACAAAUGCCUUUUUAGUAGCCACUAAUGCACCUCAGGCGGUGCUGUACAAUGACCGCUCGGUGCUGGAGAACCACCACGCUGCGUCUGCCUGGAGCCUCUACCUGUCCCAGCCCGAAUUCAACUUCCUGGCCAACCUGGACCACGUUGAGUUCAAGCGUUUCCGCUUCCUUGUCAUCGAGGCGAUUCUGGCCACAGACCUCAAGAAGCACUUUGACUUCCUGGCUGAGUUCAACGCCAAGGUGAAUGAUGUGAACAGUCCAGGAAUUGAUUGGACCAAUGAGAACGACAGACUGCUGGUGUGCCAAGUGUGUAUCAAGUUGGCAGAUAUCAACGGACCAGCCAAAGUCCGUGACCUGCACCUCAAGUGGACGGAAGGCAUCGUCAAUGAGUUUUAUGAGCAGGGAGAUGAGGAAGCUCGGCUGGGAUUACCCAUCAGCCCCUUCAUGGACCGCUCCUCCCCACAGCUGGCGAAGCUACAGGAGUCCUUCAUCACACAUAUUGUAGGACCACUUUGUAACUCCUACGAUGCUGCCGGUCUACUUCCCGGCCACUGGAUCAAUGAGGAGGGAUCAGAUGAAGACGAUGAGGGGCAGGUGGACACGGACACGGAUGAGGACGAGGAUGAGGACGAUGAGCUAGACGAGGAGCUGGCACCAAAAAGGAGGAAGAGCCGCCGCCGGUUGUUCUGCAGCAUCAUGCAGCACCUGACAGAGAACCACAAGGUGUGGAAGAAGACCAUUGAAGAAGAGGAGAAGAGCAAAGAGCUGGGCAAACAGCAGCAGCCUGACAGCCUGCUCCCCAGCCUGCCAGCCAGCCUGCCCACCUCCCCGUCAGAUGACAUUCAGGUCAUCCAGGAGGAGGAGGAGGGAGAGGAGCGUCAGUAGCAUGACGGCAAAGGAAUGAACACAGAUGUGUGGAAAAAGAAGAGGAGAGGCAGUAUAAGGAUACGAGUCCCUCAACCACCUGCCUUUCACCGACAUAAACACAUACAGACACAAGAAACACACACACACACAACAGUUGACAAAUGCACAUAAAUCACACUUUGCUCCUUCUCUCUCUCUCUCUCUCACACACACACACACACACACACACACACACACACACACACACACACACACACACACACACACACACACACACACAUAUUGAAAGAUUCACUGUGCAGACACUCAGAUGCUUAAGCAGUCACAUUGUUUUUUUGGAGAAACAAAAAGGCCUUACUACUGUGAGCGGAUCCUUGCUGCAACAGUGGGAGCCCAACUCCUAUGCACUUUCACCCCAUGGAGAGUCGAGUGCACCCAGAAAAAGCACCAGAACUGAGGAGGAGGGUGCAGAAGAAGAGUGCGGACGGGGUCCAGCAUUAACUUGCCCUCCAUGGUAACCUGGCUGCGAUGCUGCCUUGAAUGCAAAGCGCUUACACCUCCCUUAGGUACAAAACAAAUUCUGUCUAUUUAAAAAUGAAAAGGUAGAGGAAUAAUAAUGAAGCAAGCGACAUCAUGAAAUGAUUGACACCCUUUACCAAAGUGAACAGUUCAAACCCGGAAAGACAAGAGACUGAGACUGUUUCAGCCUCAAUGUCAGGUAUAUUUUUGAAUUAUAUAUAUAUACAUAUAUAUAUAUCAAAUGUGCCUGUCUGAACCUUUACUGAGUCCAUAUUGGCCCAGAGCCUAGGCUUGUGUAGUUCUCUCUCCUUGCUGGCGACACGAAACACUGUAUCAGACUCAGUCACAGAGACAUUAUUGAAAUGUUGACUGAUUAAUAGCAUUAUAUCUGCAUCAUUUUUGAUGCUUUUAUUCAUGUGUACCACCCGUCUUUUUUUUUUUUGUUGUUGUUGUUGUUGGAUUCUUUAACUCUGCUUCAUUUUGUUUUGAGUGUGUGAAUACUUUUUUGAGGGAAUGUGAUAGAGAGAAUGAGUAGGGAGAAAGAGAGCAUAUUUUUAAUUAUUUUAGUAUGUAAUUUGUGUGUAUGUUUGUGUGUCCUUUCAGUAAUGGUUGGUUUCUAAUCAGUGAAAUGUCCUCUGGUGUUUAUUAACAUGUUGCAUUCAGAUCAGGAGUGCUGUCUCAAUGAAUGGAUUCUUCAUUUUCCUUUUGAUUCUAAGUAUUUUUUAAAGGUUACUCAGGAUUCAUGCAAAGUUGAAUAAUUAUUUUGCAAGAAUUUAUGUCAUUAAUGUUAAAUACACUUAAAAAAACGGAGAAAAUCAAAAAUCUGGGUGACUGAAGUAGUUUGUAAUCUCUUAAUGAACAACUUGACUACAAACAAAUUCAAGCAAUUGAAAUCCUCUGUGACAGAGGAGCAUACAGUAUGUGCUGUCUCUUGGCCAUUCAUACACUGUUUGCAUAACCUUUUUACAACCUCACGGGAGAAAUGCUUAUCUUGAUUGUCAGCAGACUGCAAAUGUCUCUCCUGCAGCCACAACACAUUGUACAAUUUUUGCAGUUCUGUAACCGUAUGUUUGGUAACUUCAAUGUUCUCUGCAUUGUUUUAAAACAAACAGUACAAUGUCUAAAUGUCGGUGUUUCAGUCAGCCAACAGACACUGAUGUUUAGACAGAUUAAAAGCUCACCCUUCUCACUUU